AUGGAACAUCAUGAGAUCAAGUCAAACACUGACAAGCAAAAGCCAGUAGACGUCGAACCGAGAAAGGACAAUAUUCUGGAUGCGUUGAUCAUUAACAUCGGACAAUGUGGACGCUUUCAAAUUAUCAACUAUGUGAUGCUCUGCCUGCCUAUCAUUUGCAACGCCGUCUACUCAUUAUCCUAUGUGUUCACAGCCAGUAGUGUGGGCCACAGGUGUAGCAUAAGUGAAUGUGAUAAUCUUACUAGCAAAUUUAUUGAGCCUUGGCUAAACUUCUCGAUACCAGAGAAUAAUGGAAAGGACCUUGUGAAGCUCGCUUUUUUUAACAGCACUCGUAGAGUUGCUUGCGAUGCGGGCUACAAAUUUAAGGAUAGAGAGAAUACUAUAUCAAGGGAGUUUGACAUCUUUUGCUCAGAUAAAUGGAAACUUUCGAUGGUCGGAACUGUCAACAAUGUUGGACAAUUCGUGGGCAUACCAUUGGGUGGAUAUCUAUCAGAUCGCUAUGGUCGCAAAUUAAUACUUGUUAUUACUGGAGUAUUGAGUGCACUGUGUGGACUAGCGAGAUCUUAUGCUCCCGAUUACUAUACUUUCCUAUCGUUUGAAUUUUUGGAUAUGACUGUGGGCAGCACAUUGUAUCCCACAGCAUUUUUACUGGCAAUCGAAUUUGUUGGUCCCAAACAUCGAGUGGUAGCCGCAACGUUCAUUAGCUCCACCUACGGUCUGGCAGAGGCGGGAAUGGGAUAUCUGGCUGGUUAUAUUCUAGAUUGGCGAGUGCUGCUCCGAUUACUUUACACUCCAGCAUUGCUGCAUCUUAUUUUCAUUUGCUAUCUGCCCGAGAGUGUACGCUGGUUGCUCAGUCAAUCGAGGGAAGAGGACGCCAUUCACACUUUGCGACGAGUUGCACGAAUCAAUCAGCGAUCUUUGCCAGAAGAUCAGCUUAACGAGUUGAUACGAACCAAUCGUGAAUUAGUGGCUAGUUCGAAAGCAACUCAAGGUCAUUACAGUGCUAAACAGAUCUUUAGUGCACUUGGUUUGCGCAUUGCACAGUGCUGUUUCUUAUGGUUCACCAACACUUUAAUCACUCUAGGAUUAACCCUCAACUCCGUUGGAUUGAGUGAAAAUAAAUUCCAGAAUUUCAGCAUGAUGGGAUUUAUGCAGUUGCCGGGCAUCGUGCUUAGCAUGCUGUUAAUGCAUCGCAUUGGACGUCGUUGGACCCUAAGCAUGUUCCUCAGCUCUUCUGCUGUUCUACUGCUGACAAUGGCACUUUUUGCAGAAGAUUAUCCCUCAUUUGCUGGGCCACUCUACUUUCUAGCAAAAAUGACUUCAACUGGCAGCUUUAUGGUUUUGUACUUUUUUACCUCAGAAAUAUUUCCGACCAGUUGCCGCAACAGUUUGCUUUCAUUCUGUUCCAUGGUGGGUCGCUUUGGUUCCAUGUUGGCGCCACAAACCCCUUUAUUGAUAAACUACUAUAAGUAUGCGCCACAUUUGCUGUUUGCCACAUUUGGUUUGCUGGCCUCGGUGAUUGCCAUGUUUUUUCCCGAAACAGCUAAUAAAGUAUUACCUACAACGUUGGAGGAAGCACGUGCCUUGGACAGAAGUCAGCAAAUGAAACAAACAAAAAUUUCCAAAGUCUCAAAAACUGCUGUAUAAUCAUUUAAAAUUUGUCAGAGACUUGGUUUCAAUUUAAUAUUGUAAAUAUUUGUCAUAUUUGUCGUCGCAUAGAAUGACAAGUGAAAAUAUCAAAUGGUCAACAUUCGAUUGCCAAAUAUAGCAUUCAGAUCGUAUUAGUAGUUGUUGUAAUAAGAGAUUUAUAUUCGAUGUUAGGAACUGAGAGAACUUGAAGCUUAGGGUCUUAUCUAAUCUGAGUGUAUUUUGGGUACAAGAUAGAAAUUCAUUUCAGUGUUAAAUCGUAAUAAAAUAACCACUGCU